UCCCCUCUCCCCGCACGCAGAGCUCCUUUGUGCGCCACUUUUCCGCGUUGUUCCCGCCGAGCGCUCCGUGAUUUAUUAACGUAAAGACACCCGAGACCAUGCAGGGAAACCGGGCCCAGCAGAACCACGGCGGCUCCAACAACUCCACCCGGAGACCCGGAGGGGGGACAAACGGGCAGCAACCCGAGCCCAACCGGGCUAACGAGGCCCUAACCCUGGACCUGCAGGGCUUCCGGAAGCCCGGGGAGAAAACGUUCACCCAGCGGAGCCGACUCUUCGUGGGAAACCUCCCCACCGGGGUCACGGAGGAGGACCUGGAGAAGCUGUUCGCCAAGUACGGCAAGGCGAACGAGAUCUUCAUCAACAAGGAGCGAGGCUUCGGCUUCAUUCGGCUGGAGACCCGAAUCAUCGCCGAGAUCGCCCGAGCCGAGCUCGACGACACGACGUUCCGCGGCAGGCCGAUCCGCGUUCGCUUCGCGACGCACGGCGCCGCGCUGGCGGUGAAGAACCUGCCCGACUUCGUGUCCAACGAGCUGCUGGAGGAGGCGUUCGCGGUGUUCGGGCAGAUCGAGAGGGCGGUGGUGAUCGUGGACGACCGGGGCCGGCCCACGGGGAAGGGGAUCGUGGAGUACACGUCCAAGCCCGCCGCGCGCAAGGCGCUGGAUAAGUGCAGCGACGGCGCGUACCUGCUGACCGCGUUCCCGCGGCCCGUCACCGUGGAGCCGAUGGAGCAGCUGGACGAAGAGGAGGGGCUGUCGGAGAAGAUCAUCAACAAGAACCAGCAGUACCACAAAGGUAGGGGG